CCUGUAUCGCGGUGCAUAACUUCAACACUCCAACACCUACUGUCACAUUGCGCUCUGGACUCUACACUGAAAAGAUUGCCAGACCCUUAACGUACAUCAUGGAUUUGAAACUAUUGGCGGUAAUGGCUGUGCUCGCGGUGGCGACGUACACUCCUGUCUCACAAGCUAAGCCCAUCAGUCUGGUUGAGAGGUGUUGGUGUCGUUCUACAGUGAACACCGUCUCCCAGCGCAACAUCCGAGAACUGAAAUUUCUACACACACCUAACUGCCCAUUCCAAGUGAUUGCCAAACUGAAGAAUCAGAAGGAGGUGUGUAUCAACCCUGAGACCAAGUGGCUGCAGCAGUACCUGAAGAACGCCCUCAACAAGUUGAAGAGGUCCAAGCAUAUUAAAUAGACAACGGGCAGGAAGACCUGUCAACAGAUAUGAAACGUGAGAUGCGUUACGCGAACAUGUAGUCUUCUGACGCACAUGCU